AUGUCUCGGUCCGUUUCAAUACCUUUGCGAGACAGUGUUGAAGACGCUGAAAGUCUGAAGCGACUCCGUCGUUUUUCAAUAGAAGUAUGGAAUCUCACACAAAACUGGACGUCCAUCUCUUCAGAAUCCGCUACAGUUCUUGAACGUCUAAUCAACAACAAAUUACGGGUUUUGUAUGCUCGUCCUGAUCAGGAGCAACAGCUCACAGGCUCUAAAGAAGGUGUCGAGACGGUGGUUUUAGACUACGAUACAAAACAAAGGCUUCUGUCCGAUAUUGUAAGGGAUGCGGAGAAACUAUGUGGUUUUAUCAAAGAUUUGGAGAGAAUAGUCGCUAAAUUCCACACUGCUAAUACACGAGUGGAAUCUUAUAUGAAGCUUUAUCCGAAUCCAGGACCAACAGCAGCUAAUAUUCUGAAAACUCUUUCCGAAGCUCUUCCGGAUGUGAUAAGAAUGUACGAAAAAGAAGUUAGCGCCAGGAAAGCAGGACUUAGUGAUUUGGGCCAUUGGGAACACCGUGAUGUCUUUGCAGCUGUUGCUCUGACUUUUAAAUAUGAACCGUUUAUUGAUAGCAACAUUCUGUCCAGACUAUUCGCUUUAGAAAUCAUAGAGAUCUCUUUUGAUGCCUUACCGGAAGGCGAUGAGGUGCUUGAAAUUUUACGGGCGGAGAAAGCGUCACUACAUUUUUGGAUCGACUUAGGUUUAGAAUACUAUCGCUGUGGCCGAGUUGAUGACUUUGUUCGGUUAUUGGAAGUUUCUGGAAGCGAGGCUUCACUAGACUAUCCAGAAGUUGAAAAUGACCAAAUGCGAGCGUUGGAUAUACUUGCAGCGUACUAUGUUAAACUGGGUCAUAAGGAAAGAACGUCGAAAGAGCGAAAAAGAGAUUUGUUUUCUAAAGCUACACUACUUUAUACAACAGCGGAUAGAAUAAAAAUGUAUGAUAUGCCACAUUUAACGGGACGAGCUUAUUUUUGUUUGGUUGAAGCACGAGCUAGUAAAGUGGAUCAAGCAGACCAACAAUUCAAUUUUGUUUUGAAGCAGGAUGCGUACGAUAUACCUGCAAUGAUGGGUAAAGCUAUAAUAGCUUUCAGCAAGCAGGAUUAUAAGACAGCGUUGUAUUUUCUUAAAAGGGCCCUACGACAAAAACCAGAUGGUCCUGCGGAUAUGAGGGUUGGAAUUGGCUAUUGUUUAGCAAGGUUGGGCUUAACAGAAAAGGCAAGGAUUGCUUUCGAGCGUGCACUUGAACUUCAGAACGACAAUGUUUGCGCCUUGUCGGCAUUAGCCAUCCUGGAUUACAAUACCCACACCGUUGAGGGUGCUCAAAGUGCUGUAGCAUGUCUUGGCCAAGCGUAUAGCUUGGAACCUGAGAAUCCUGUUGUUCUUGUCCAUCUUGCUAAUCACUUUUUCUUCAAAGGAGAAAUGGGAAAAGUUGAGCGUUUAGCAUGGCACGCGAUGAACAUGACGGAAAGCGAUGAAAUUAAAGCUGAAGCUUGCUACAUUCUUGCGCGGUAUUUCCAUUUCAACAGGGACUAUGAGAAAGCGUUUAAGUACUAUUACCAAGCAACAACAUUGAAUCAUCCUACCUUCGUUUUGCCUCAGUAUGGUCUUGGACAAUUGUACAUUAUGCGAGGAGAGUUCAAUCAGGCAAUUGCUGCAUUUGAAGUUGUCUUGAAGUCAAUGCCUAACAACAUAGACACUAUGAAAGUGCUUUCUGCAUUGUACGCUCAUACUGAUCCUGGAAAUCAAGAACGUCAGGACAAAGCCAGAGAGAUGUUGUCGAAAGUUCUGGAGGCUACUCCAAAUGAUGUAGAAGUUCUCAUUGAUCUUGCCCAACUUCUGGAGGGAGUAGAUCCUCAGAGAUCACUCACUUUGUACGAGAAUGCUUGCGAUUUGAUCAAAACCAGCGAAGAUGGGCUUCAAAUUGAUCCACCUGCAGCUAUUCUGAACAAUAUUGGUGCUUUGCACAUGACAAUGGAGAACUACGAUAGGGCGAAGGAAUAUUUCGAAGCAGCAGAAGCAAAGCUUCAGGAAGAUUUGGAAGGAGAUCUUUGCGAUUCGAAACUCUCCUCGUAUGUUAUCACUAUGAGAUAUAAUCUGGCACGGUGUUUGGAGCAUCUUUGUUUGUUUGAAGACGCUGAAGUGCUAUAUAAGGGCAUACUAAGAGAGCAGGAGAACUACACGGAUUGUUACUUGCGACUUGGCUGCCUUGCGCGCGAUCGCGGUCAGAUCUACGAAUCGUCUGUUUGGUUCAAAGAAGCCAUGUCCGUUGAUCAGAAUAACGCUGACUCAUGGGUGCUCAUAGGAAAUCUGCACAUGUCUAAACACGAGUGGGGUCCUGGUCAAAAGAAGUUCGAGCAAGUUUUGAACAAAAUGGAUAAAGAGGAUGCGUACUCUUGGGUGUCCCUUGGUAACGUUUGGAUGGAAAUGUUGUUCAACCUGGGAAGGAAGAAGACGGACGAUCAGGCCCAAGAAGCGAAAUACAUGGACCGUGCUCUGCAGAUGUUUGGAAAGGCGUUGAAAAUUGAGCCAAAAAACAUUUGGGCAGCGAACGGAAUUGGAUGCGUGUUGGCUUCGAAAGCCAUGUGGCAGGACGCUCGUGACAUAUUUGCUCAAGUUCGAGAAGCUACUUCAGAAUUCGAAGAUGUUUGGAUAAAUAUUGCUCACGUCUAUAUUGAGCUUGGACAGUACGUUCCGGCAUUGCAAAUGUAUUCUAAUGCAAUCAAGAAGUUUGAAAGAGAGCAGGAUCAUCAGUGCUUACUAUAUCUUGCUCGAGCAUAUUAUAAAGCUGGGAAGCUGACCGAAAGUCUACAAACUCUUGAGAAGGCCAUGCUAGAAGCGCCAGACAAUGUUUUAAUCAAGUUCAACUACGCGUUCGUUCUAAAACUGUCUGCUACUGAAGUUUUACAAGAGAUGAAAUCAACUGCAGCUCAAGUUAAAGGUGCUAUGGACGAUCUGAAGACAGCGGAGAGGAUGUUUUCUUUCGUCUCUGGGAAUAAGGAUGAAACUCUGUCUGGUGUGCGAUAUGUAUCACGAACUCACGCUGGUGAAGAAGCGAGGGCUUGCGGUGAUCUUCUGAAACAGGCACAAACAUAUUUGGUUCGAGCACAACAGAGGGAUGAAGAAGAUGAAAGACAGAAAGCUAAGCAACAAGCGGAAAUAGAAGCUCUCCGGCAGAAAAUGGCUGAAGAAAUUGCAGAACGCGAGAGAGAAUUACGUGAUAAGCAAGCAUCAAUGGCUAACAUGAGGAAUGAAUAUGUGCAGAUGACGAAGAAUUUGUUGCGGAUACCCGAGCUCGUUGAAGAGAAGAAAGGACGAGGAGGAGGUCGGCGGAGGAAAGGCGAAGCUGGUGAUGAGUUCGUCAACGAUAGCUCAGACAUGGGCAGCUGGCACGGAGGAGAAGGUGGUGAAGAGCACGGCGAAAGAAAGAAAAAAGAUAAAUCAGCUAAAAAGGCUUCAAGGAAGCGAAGAGAAAGGAGAGCUGCCGAUGCAGGUAGCGGAUCAGAGGGUGAAGAAGACGCGCAUGAAAGACGACGAAGAAAGAAAGAGGCCGCGGAAAGGAAAGCAGCAGCGAAGUUGUCGCAAAAACAACAAGCGAAGAUUAAAAGCCGUGCAUUUCUGUCUUCCGACGAUGAUUCUUCCGAUGGUGCACCUGUUCCUGUGCCCGAAGACGCUGGGGAGGAUAGUCCAAGACCGCCACGAAUCACAGAUUCAGAAGACUCCGACGACAGUGCGCCUCGUCAGCGGCGGAAAAAGAAUGUCAUGGAUUCUGAUGACGAGCAAUCAGACAGUGGAUCCGGAGGUGGACCGAUCAUCGGGGCAUCAGACAGCGAUCAUGACGUUCCAGCCGGGAAGGCUUCAGACAGCGAUGCAAACAGCGCUAAUCUGGCAUCUCCACCCAAAAAGAGAAAGCAAAUACAAAGUGAUGAUGAGAGUGACUAA